GUGUGAGAAGAAGUGCAGAGAAAGGGAGAGAGAGAAACGACACUAAGCAAAAUUUAUUAAGGCGUUAUUUGAUCAUUUAAGAUUUAAGCAUUUAUUUCUAAGACAUAUUUCCCAGAUAAAGCUGAAUCUCGGAAACAAUGGCAGCAGACUGGUUGGGUAGUCUUGUUUCAAUCAACUGUGGUCCGACUUUGGGAGUGUACCAAGGAGAAGUGUCGUCAGUUGAUCAGGCCAGUCAGACCAUUUCCCUCAAACAACCGUUUCACAAUGGCGUCAAGUGUCCAGUGCCUGAAGUCACCUUCAGCGCCAUGGACAUUAAAGAGCUCAAAAUCUUGGAAUUCCGUAACGGCUCCAAUGGAGUCACAAAGCGGAGUGUUGCUGAAUCCAGCACCUCCGUAACUGGUUACACUGGACGCAAGGACAAAGGUGGAGGUAGUGGAGUGAACAGUGCUCCUGUAAAUGUGCCCAAAGCUGAGCCCAGGGUUCACGAUGGAGGCAUGUCUCCUUCACCACACUACUCCAAGAGCUAUGUAGAGCGGCAUGUAGAAAGCGCAGGCCAGAGUAAAGGCUUCAGGCGAAGACACAACUCAUGGUCAUCCAGCAGUAGAGGAGCAAAUCAGGUCACACCAAAGAAAAAUGGCUCAAAGAACGGCCAAAUGAAGAACAAAGAUGACGAAUGUUUUGGCGAUGGCAUGGACGACGUCCUAGAUGAAGACUUCGACUUUGAGGGGAACUUGGCUCUAUUCGACAAAGCCGCUGUUUUCUCGCAGAUUGAUUCGUCAGAUCGGAGGGGCAACGGUGCACGGACACGGGGGAAUUCUGCAGAGCAGACACCCUCGCGUUAUCGACACGACGAGAACAUUUUGGAGGCUAAACCCGUUGUGUACAGACAGAUAAUCGUGCCUCACUCAGGGGCAAAGGAAUAUAGCACUGAUUCGGGGCUGGUGGUCCCCAGUAUCUCAUACGAUUUGCAGAAGCGAUUGCUGAGUGUGGCUGAGAAUUACGGUCUCUCUUUGGAGCGCAGGCUGGAGAUGACCGGUGUGUGUGCCAGUCAGAUGGCUCUCACACUGCUCGGAGGCCCAAACAGGCUCACGCCUAAAAAUUUGCACCAGCGUCCGACCGUGGCAUUACUGUGUGGGCCACAUGUACAGGGAGCUCAGGGAAUCAGCUGUGGCCGGCACCUGGCCAACCACGAAGUGGAGGUCGUCCUCUUCCUCCCGAAUUUUGUAAAGAUGCUGGAAGCCAUCACCAGUGAACUUACACUGUUUGGCAAGACGGGAGGCAAACAGGUUUCCAGUGUCAAAGACUUGCCGGAUACUCCAGUGGACCUGGUCAUAAACUGUCUUGACUCUCAUGAGAACACUUUCCUGAGGGAGCAGCCGUGGUACCGGGCAGCGGCUGACUGGGCCAAUCAGAACCGAGCCCCCGUGCUCAGUAUAGAUCCUCCAGUGAGCGGACAGGAGCAAGCUGUGGAGGCGAAGUGGUCCCUCUGCCUGGGCCUCCCGCUCCCGCUGCCAGAGAGAGCAGGCCGAGUCUACCUGUGCGACAUCGGCAUCCCACGGCAAGUGUUUCAGGAAGUGGGUAUCAAGUACCACUCGCCCUUCGGUUGCAAGUUUGUCAUCCCACUGCACUCAACAUAAACAUACUGUAAGUCACACUGUACCAGGGUCAGGCACAGGGUCAGUGAGCCAGAACUUGCCUCAAAUCUCGGGGUGAUCAGGUGUCAGUGUGAUUGAGCUCCUCCUGCUGUGGUACUGAAUCCGGCAUCUAAUUUUUCAUUACCUUUGGUAACAUUAUAUACGAAUCCAGGAUGUUGCAGGAACAGGAAGAAGACUGCGGGGACACAUCCAGUUUGUGGUUCCUCUCACUUUCUGUUUACUGGCCAACCACCAUCGGACACAUCCAGCAUUUUAUUUUGAAUUUCACAAUCUUUAAUUGAUUCCUUAUAGUCUUUACAGAAUAAUGAGGUGGGUUGAGCGAAAAGGCUCAGAUCCGUUUGCACAAAGAUGUGAUUUCAUCUUAUUAAAUGCUGUUUAUAGAUGACAUCAAUACAGAACCAGAACGAACCUGCUUGGGACUUAUCUUGGUUAAUAUGUCUGUUUUGCUUUGAUUCCUUUCAAUGCUUUUUCCUUGUGUGGGGAAAAAUUGUAGCAUUUAGGGAUUUUAUUUAUAUUUAUUUUUUCAAGCUCGUGCCAAAUGUGAUCAAAGUCUGCACUGUUGUGCACAGUCGAAAGUCCUUGAGUUAUGUAAAGGGGUGUUUAAAGAGCUGAUCAGAGAUUAUUUUCUUUUGCCCAAGCAGGUAUAAUGUUCUGAAAACCAUUCUGGUUAAUUUAAUUUAUUGGCCUGAAUGACAAACACACCAACGUUUAAUUCAUUCACUUAUUCAAACAGUUUAUUUUUUCUUACGAGAAUCAUGGAGCAGGUACUUUUUUUUUGUCUAAUGCAACAAUAUGACCUUUUUUGAAAAACAAGCUGUAGAUAUUCUAUAUGGCAUUGCACAGUUUUUUAUAUCAGUUUCAUGAUAAAUAGAUGGACAAGCAACAAUAAGCUCUGAAAGUGUUUGGAUUUGAAAGUUUAACACUCAAUAUUUGUUGAAACAGAGUUUGUCUUUAAAGAAAAUUUAAAUUUUGCUUGCUUGAGGUGAAGAACUUUUCAAACUGUUUAAAGGUAAACAUUUGAACUGCCUGUCUUGUUGUCUGAAAGUAGUUUUCAUCACCCUUGUUACCUUUUGAAUAUAUAUUUUUUUUCUUCUGAUUUGUAAUUUUAUUACCUACCCAUUUUUUAUUUUUAUAGGGUUUGUCUCAUUAUUCGGACUUAUUUGUUUUGUCAUGCACUGUCAGUGGAGAAAUUUACAAAUGGAUUGGAUGUACACAGAUAUUUAUACAGUUUAAUGUAACAUUACAGGUGAGUAGAAAGCAUGUUUGUGUUCGACUUGCCAUAUGACAGAAGUAUGAUUUAAAGAGACACAUGGACGGAGUAGUGCUCCUCCCACUGUCACCAUGUCUCCAGCAUCCAUAGCAUUAAUGUGGCUGUAUAGAAAUUCCGGGAAGGAAAAAAGGGCACUGUUCGUGAAAUUUCGCGAAAAUCUUAUGUACAAAUGUUUUGUGGACACUGAUAGAAUGACAACAUAAUGUAUAUGAAGUUGUUCUUUAAUAGUUGACAAUGACGUAUUGCAUUUCAUAUUCCCUAUUCACCAUCAUACGUUCACUCAUCAUUUGUCUAGUGAAGAAUAUUAGCUGGUUUAGAGAGAAACUGCUUUAAAAGUCUUUAAAAUGAAGAUUGAGUUCCAUUUCUACAAAAAUAUAAAGCUAGAAACCUUACAUUUUCCUCCCAAACCAGGAGAAGUAAGAAUAAACCUGCUGACAUGGUCAAUAGUUAUGGUCGGAGACCAAAAGGCAGUGUUAUAAAAAAAAAAUUAAAAAAAAUUUGUACAAAGUGCCAAAUGUGUCGCUGAGUUGAAAUCCAGAUGUUUAUGCUAUAUUAGCUGCACUAUCUUACCUGAAGGUUGAGGUAUUAUUUAGCUCAGUGUCACUUAAAGCAGACACUUAAAUCCUAGCUAUAAAAAUGCCUAGCGUAGUUUUCAGCUGUUCAGUCUUCUAGUUCCUUAAUUCAUAGCAAAGCAACCAACAGAGUUUGGAUUUUGCCUUGUCACUGACUCUUGCAAUAUUAUAUCUUGAGGGACUUUAUGCAGUGAGUGAUCAAAGUAGUUUCAACGUCUGAGAGCUGAUGUGCGUCUCAAGAUCGCAAAGCUUCUAAAUGGCCUUUCAUGCAAGAGAUUCUGCUACAGUUCUCUGCAUUAAGAAGAUUUUUAAAUGUUCUUUCUUGUUUAAGGCCUUUAUAAGUGAGGACAGUGAUAACACAAUCUUUCAAAUGUUUCUGAGGAAUAGCCCUGAUCAUUUCUUGGCAUUUUAUUUAAAAAGUUGGAAAUUAUGCUGGUAAAAGGCUUAGUAGCUUAUUUAUGAUUGGAUUUUGUGCUGUACUUUAAACCAGCUGUUUAAAGUGUUUGUUCGGCGCAAACUGCUGAGCAUAUUCUGUGCAGAGAAAUGCACUUGUAUCAUUCCAGGACUGUGAGGUUUAACUUUCCUACCCCCCGUUUUUCUUUGGCUAGAGUAAUUUGUUUGUUCAUUAUCUUUGAAAAGAGACCAAAAAUGUUUGGUUUUUUUUACCCACGAAUAGACUUAUUUUGGGGCCAUUUGCAGAAAUCACAAUAUUUUCGACGCUCCUUUUACUUUCCUAUAUUGCAGUAAGAGUGGGUGUUAGGCCACUGACCAUCUAAAGCCAAUGUUAGUCAAGGACCUCUUUUUUUUUCUUUUUUUUUUUUUUACGUCUUUCACUUUUACAAUUUUGGUCUAUUUUAAAGAUGUAAACAUUUUCCUUUACUGUUUUUUUUUUUUUUUUUUUUUCCUUUUGCAAAAAAAGUGAUAUUUGACUAUCCAGGUUUAUUGUUUGCAACAUAAAGCAAUUGAAAAGUAUGAUUUAAUUUGUGACUACUGCGGCUUGGUUUGUUUGUGAAAGAACUGUCUUAUAAGUUCCAAGUCAAUGAUGUAUAACAUCAAUGUUUAGAAAGAUUUGGGUGUCCGUACAUUAUUGUUGACAAAAUCCCUCAGUUCUCUCGGUUCAGAUGUUAACCAUGAGAUUGAACGAAUAAAAAAAAUUUGACUGCA